UUUUUCCCAAUGUUGAUUUUUAUUUUUUUUUGUUCGGAUCUUUUUCUUUUUCCUUCAAUCUUUUUCAAUCGAUCCAAAUUAAUUGAUUGAUUGAUUAUUGAUUGAUGUAAUCCUUCUAUGUAUGUUUGACUUUGAAAAAAACAAAAACAACUAAAGGAUUACCAAAAUGACCGAAUCAAUUGUGAACAAAAAAAGUUCACCUUUGUUUACCACCACCAACAACAACAAUAAUCAAUCAAGAAAUACAAUCGUUCUAAAUGGUCAUAGUAAUUUUAGUUCAUUACGGAUCGAAGAUCCAAAAAAAGCGGCAACAAACAACAUUGAAAACGAUGUUUAUGUAAAAAUAAUGAUGAAUAAUGUACCACAAAUACAACAAUAUUUUAAUAUUGUUGAUAAAAUUGGUGAAGGUACAUUUUCAAAAGUUUAUAAAGCCAAAUUAAAACAUUGUAUUGAAAUGGAUGAUAAUAAUCAAAAUAAUAAUGGAAAUAAUCAAAAUAAUAAUGAAGAAUAUGCCCUAAAAUAUAUAAUACCGAUUGUAAAACCAUCAAGAAUAGCAAAAGAAUUACGUUUUCUUCGUGAUCUAGGUGGACAAUCGAAUAUUAUACCGAUAAAAACCUGUUUCUAUAAUGCUGGUCAUACAAUUGUUGUAAUGCCUAUUGUUGAACAUGAUCGUUUUCAAGAUUAUCUAAAUGAUUUAUCAUUAACAGAAAUACGUUCUUAUAUGCGUAAUUUAUUCAUUGCAUUGGAUCGUGUUCAUUCACAUGGUAUUAUUCAUCGUGAUAUUAAACCAUCAAAUUUUCUUUAUAAUCGUUCAAAUGGACAAUUUGCUUUAGUGGAUUUUGGCCUUUCACAAAAUGAACGUGAAUUAUAUCAUUCAAUUAAUCUAUCAUUAUAUCCAUAUCCAAAUAAAUCAUCAAUGAAACCGACAAUUAGUAAUCAUGAUUCAAAAGUACGAAAAAAUCUUUGUAGUAAAUUUCAAAAAAAUUCAACAAAAAUUGAAGAUGGUAAAUUAAAACGUUCAUUCAAUGAAAUGAAUCAAUCGAUGAUUAUUGUUGAUAAUGAAAAUGUUAAACGUAAAAAAUUGGAUCAUUCUCAGCAGCAAACAUCAAGUGUAUUUAUUUCACCAUUAACACCAUCAAUGAUGACAAUGAAAAAUCAGGAUUCAAAAUCAACAACAAGUCCAAAAUCAAUAUUUGUACCUGGAACACCAGUUAAAAAACCAUUCAAUGAACAUGAAACAAAUAUUAUGACAACAAAUGAUACUACACCUGUUAAAGAUCAAUGGAUUUAUAAAACACCAACCAAAACAGAUGAAAUGUGUAUGGUCAAUAAUGAAAUGGUGUUGAAAACACCGAUUAAAACUGUAUCUUCGAUACCGGAAACACCACCAAAAACUGUACAAAAAAAUUUACAUUUUAGCCGUGCUACACCACCAGCACCACCGAUAAUAAAUUUUCAAUUAAAAGAAAAUAUUAAUCAUAAUUAUAAUACACCGAAAAAAUUAUCCAAACCAUUAAAUUAUCGUUUUCAAACAAUGAAAAAAUCAUUAAAUCAAGAAUUAUCCACUUCAUUAUCGAAUGUUGGCAAUAAUAAUAAUAAUAAUGUUGUCGGUGGUGGUGGUGGUGGUGGUAACAUUGUGGAUAACAUUCAUAAAAAAUCAUCAAAUCAACAACAACAACAACAACGAUUAUGUGAUUGUACACAAACAUCAACAAUAUGUCAAAAUUGUCUUUCAAAAAUUGAACUGAAUGUUCCAAGAGCCGGUACACCGGGUUUUCGUGCACCAGAAAUUCUAUUACGUUAUUCAAAUCAAAGUACAAAAAUCGAUAUAUGGUCUUGUGGUGUUAUAUUUGCCAGUCUACUUUCAGGUCGUUAUCCAUUUUUUCGUUGUAAUGAUGAUAUUACUUGUUUAGCAGAAAUUAUUACCAUUUUAGGAUCAACAAAAAUUAAACGUGCUGCUAAUGCAUUAGGUAAAACAUUGACCAUAUCAAGAAGAUCAAUACCGACAAUGGAUUUGAAAAAAAUUUGUAUUAAAUUAAAAAAAACAUCCACUGCUAAUAAUGAUGAUAAUGAUACAUCAUCGAACAAAUGGUAUCAGGCACCUGAUUCUGCAUAUAAUCUAUUGGAACGUUUAUUGGAUCCAAAUCCUAAUACACGUUUUAGUGCUGCUGAAGCAUUAUCACAUCCAUUCAUUAUUGGAAUCGAAGAUAAUCAAGAUGAUAAUAAUAAUGACGAUAAUGAAUCUUCAUUUUGAACGAA